CACCCGACUCCGAGCCCAAACUGUUUCAUAAUGUCAGUCCACGACACAGUCCUCAUCAUUGGAGCAACUUCUGGCAUAGGUCUUGCGCUCGCGAAGCAUCUGCACACCCUCGGCAAGACCAUCAUUGCCACAGGUCGACGACAAGAACGACUCUUGUCCCUCUCUACCUCCCAUCCAAGCAUCCACACAUCAUGUUUCGAUAACUCAGACCUCACUACUCUACCUUCAGGUCUUGACGCCAUCUUCAAACAACAUCCAGAUAUCGAUACCGUAAUCGUCAACGCCGGGGUUCAAAAUAUGUUCUCCUUCCUCGACCCCGAUCCGGAAGAUCAUCGCCUUGAGCAGAUCUCCAAAGAAGUUACCACAAAUCUGACAGCACCAAUGAUCAUCGCUCAACAUCUCAUCCCAUUUUUCAUCAAGAAACAAAGUCCAUGUAGCCUCAUCGUCGUAUCUUCCGGAUUCGCAUUUAUACCCGUGCCGUACUUUCCGAUAUACUGCCCCACCAAAGCUGCUCUGCACUCCUUCUGCAUUGCUUUGAGAGCACAGCUCUCUUCUACAAACACCAAGAUCGUAGAAGUAGUGCCACCUUAUGUUGAUACGGAG